CUGAACAACAGCUCGUGCGUCGGGACCGUCCCGACAGCGGGAGGAACAGAGGAGCAGAUCACCGUGAUGAGAAGCUAGCUUUGUUUUAUCUUGGUGGUAUUUAUGUGUCUUUCCCCCUUUUACACACUUCAAAAAGUUCGCUUCGGUUGUAUGAGCGGACACACACGGUGUCUCCCUGGAAACUGUGAGACGAGAGGUGUUAAAUUACAAAAAUGGGUCGCAGGUUUUCGGUUGUCGGGAAGAACAGGGGCUCACAGAAAAUGAGUGGAUAUCGACCGCACCGGCAAAAUUUGUGAACAGGUGAAGAGAGAAAACAGACAGAGAGACCUGCUGCCUGAUCAUGACUGCUAUGGUUCGUCCUGGACACAAUGUUUCAGAGCUUUGCCUAGAAGGAGACAAGUUCCUUGAGGCUGGAGAGCUCAGCAGGGCUACCUCUCUCUACAUGUCGGCCUUCAGGACUCACGCCGCCUCCACCGUGUCCCACAUGCGAAAAUUAAAGUCCCACCUGAGUGGGGUGAUCUUCACGCUAGAAGGCUGGCUUGACGGUCACGGGGAGAACCAGCCAUUAGAGGGUUUUAAUAAAGGUCUUGUGGCCGUGUUUCUGUCCACACUCUGCCCCAACAAUCUGUCAGCCACCAUUUUCAAAAUGGAGUCUCUCCUUCAGGGUGGUGGGCAUGGCUGUGAGGAGAUUUUUGCUCGCUGCACUGCUCUGCUUGAUGGGAAGCAAAACCCUCACCCACAAGGUGCGACUGGCAUUGUGUUGGAGAUAACUCGUGCCCUGGCCUGCCUGUUCUCAGAGCCUCACAGUAUCAAGGGGCUGAAGCUUUACCUCAGAGCUUACCAGAGCAACAAAUCUGAAACCAUCACACUGGUUAGAAGCAGACAAGCUCAGCAUGUACCUAAAAUAGUGAGGGCUAUUACAGACCAGUUACUGCACAUGCAUCCUUCUCUAAUACUUGACAGCGAGUGUGCAGUGACAGAAGUGGAGAAUGAUAAACCAGAUGAAAAAGCCUCUACUAUUAUUGAGUUUUUGUUGGCCAUCUCACCUGGUCAUAGAGAAGUUCAGGAACUUCAAGCAGUACAUUUGUUUCUGACAGGCAGGUUUGGGGACAGUGCAGAUGUGUACUCUGCUCUGCUGCAUCAUGGUCAUUGUCAGAAAACAUCUGAGAGUAGUACAGACAAGUCAUUUCAAGACACCCCUGAGAAGAGAGCUCGACUCUUAACCGGUCGAGCAGCUGCCUGCUUGUCAGCAGGUGGACAGACUGCAGAGGCGUGCAGGGAUCUGGGGGAAGCAUUUGAGAUCCACCCUGCCACUGCCCGAGUUUAUUUCCAGAAGCUUUUCACAGAUCAGGGUACAGGGCUGGCUGCUCGCAACCAUCUCCGUCAGCAGGCGGAGAGGGGCUUGUCUGGUUACAAAGACAGGGUCCUGAUCCGUCCAGAUCUGCGCUCCUCUGAAGGAGUUGAACUCCUGGACCCUGUGAUCACUCAGUUACGGGCUCUUUGCCGCUUAGAGCCUGAUGGGGGAGGCAGAGAGCUGCGGGUGCGCCUGGCUGACUGCCUUCUCCUCAGAGGGGAACACAAGGAGGCCCUCUCGAUCUGUAGCCAGCUAGCUGCUGCCCAAGGUCAUCAGAGCUAUCAGAACACAGUGCAAGUCCUUCGUGGAUAUGCACGACUUCUCUCAGAAGACCACAAGGGGGCGUUAGAAGACUUCCAGGCUGUGAUCGAACACAACACCCCCCACCCAUCCAGUUGUGUGCGGGCGCUGUGUGGCAGGGGGCUCCUGCGCAUGUUGGGCGGCUUGAACUACCUCACAGCUCUUGACUAUGUGACAGCUAGCAGGCUGCAGCCUCAGGAAACAGCGCUGACUGUUCGCUGCUUGGUGCCGUGGAACUAUCGGGGACUUUUGGUCACUGUUCUACUGGAGCAGGGACAAGUCAUGCUGGAAGGGACUGGAGAGCAAGAAUCCAAGUCCUGUUCCAGUGAAAACCUCCAGCAGCCUCAGCAAGGGGAUCAGCCACAGGCCAAGUCAAAAAGAGACAACCACAGAUCAGGGUUAGGGACUCCUGCUGGUGUCCAGUCGCUGGCUGUGCUGCUGAUGGAGCUCCAGCCGGGUGCUGAUGGGUCUCAGAUCCUGGCAGCAGAUGCCUUGUACCAGCUUGGCCGGGUGGAGGAGGCCUACCGGUUACUUCUUUCUGUUGGGCCCACUAGUCCUCGGGCAGCCAUACUGGCUCGCCUUGCCCUACUGCAGCUGCACAGAGGCUUUCUAUAUGACACCAAUCAGCUGCUGAAAAAGCUCAUUCAGUGCGGUGAUACAAGCUGCUUGCGGCCCUUGUUGGCGGUGGCACAACAGAAGGAUCGGGGACUGCUUCAGGCUCACUGCCACUCUGCUGCAAAACGCAUCCUGGAGGGCACGCGAGAGGAGAGCGCUGUCAGGGAGGCUGUGGCAUAUCUCUCCAUCGCUAUCAUGGCCUCCGGUGGCGAGGCAGCAGACUCUUUACUGGAGAGAGCGAGGUGUUAUGCUCAGCUGGGCCAACGAAAGACAGCCAUCUUUGACUUCAGUGUCAUUCUGAAGGAACACCCAAAACAUGUUCAGGCCCUCUGUGGACGAGGCUUCACCUAUCUCAUGCUGAACCAACAGAAGGAGUGCACUCAUGAUAUCCUGGCAGCACUGCACAUAAACACUGACAUAGUUAUCAAAGACAUCCUGUCACUCAAGGACAAGGCACGGAAGCUGGUCUGUGAUUGGUUGCAUCAGUUCUGUCGGACCAAUCUGUCAGACAUCCUGGUCGCUCAUGCUGUCCCCUGCCAUGAAGAGCAGCUCAGAGAGGCUUUCAUAAUUGGUGGAGCUUUGAUGAGGACCGACUGCAGAGACCCCAGAUGGCAUCUCCUCUAUGUGGACACACUCUUAGCCAAAGGUGAAGUUAAGGCAGCAGGUGCUCACCUGUGCCAGGUGUUUGGUCAGGAGCCAAGAGAUGCAGUGGCCCAGGCCAGGGUGGGUGUGGUGGAGGCCUGGCAGCAGAACUACCGCAGCGCAGCUUGCAGGCUCAGCAAACUGACUGAGAAAGACUCAUCCAAUCUGGACCUCUUGCUGGCGCUGAUCCCAUUAAAUCAGCGGAAACGCGUGGCACAGGCAGCAGCACAGGAGGCCAGCAAUGUAUCCUCAGGUGGUCAGUGGCAUCAGGCCGUCUCACUCCUGACUGUGGCAGUACAAGCUGUGGGCAAUCACAGACUCCAGUAUCUUCGCCAGCGGGCUGCCUGCCUCGCUCAACUUGGCCUACAUGAGCGGGCCAUAGCUGACCUAGACAGAGUUAUCCAGAGACACGACGGGUCUGACAUCAGCUGCUCAGAUGAUCCUAAAGUCUGGGUGGAGGACCUGUGUCGGCGAGGCCGCAGCCUGGUGAUCUGUUCAAGAGAAGGAGCAGCUCUGGAGGACUUCACUCGGGCUUUGGAGCUCCACAGGAACAGAGCCAUCCAGUGUGUGGAGGCUGGUCUGGGGAGGCUGCGCCUGGCUGAGUGCUUUCUGCGGGGGGCGCUGCAGCACUAUGCGAACCAGCAACUGGAUAAAGCCUGGACAUUGAUUGAAUGCGGCCUUGUUGUGGACAGUGAGAACGCAGAGCUCCGCAGACUGAGGGCUAGGGUCAAACGAGAAGUGGCCAGCCCCUGCAAUGUCAACUAGUCACACAGGGAGCCGGAGCUCUUAGUGCCUGUACUUUAAGAUGUCUUAUUGCGGAGGAACAACCUCACUGAUGAGAAAUCUUUUUAUGGUUCUUUGAGGACUCUGAGCUUCACUUCAUAUGAUGUCUUCCAAUUUCACUUCAAGUCUGUAGGAUUAACAGCAGUGUUUGUUAUA